GCUCUGCAGCUCCACAGAGAGAGUCGCUUCCACAGAUUCAGGUUCAGGAACUCUAUGAAGCAGAGAGGACUCUCCUUUUUCUCCUCGCCGGGGUUUGUGGAGCAGCCACCGAGCAGCGCGGAUGAGGAUCACACAGCGGGACGAUCCCUAAUGAGACCCAGAUUGAUCCGGUAACGCUAAAAGAUGAAAUGUUUCUCCCGUUACCUGCCUUAUCUCUUCAGACCGCCCAGCACCAUCCUGUCCUCCACCUGCCACACAGAAGCCGACAUCAUCUCUACGGUUGAGUUCAACUCAACAGGGGAGCUCUUGGCCACUGGAGACAAGGGAGGACGUGUGGUGGUUUUCCAGAGGGAACAGGAGAGUAAGAACCAGCCUCACAGGAGAGGAGAGUAUAACGUUUACAGCACGUUCCAGAGCCACGAGCCUGAGUUCGACUACCUGAAGAGCCUUGAGAUCGAGGAGAAGAUCAACAAGAUCCGGUGGCUGCCCCAGCAGAACGCUGCUUACUUCCUGCUCUCCACCAAUGAUAAAACUGUGAAGCUGUGGAAGAUCAGCGAGCGAGAUAAAAGACCAGAAGGCUACAAUUUGAAGGACGAAGAUGGAAGGAUUCGAGACCCUUCCACCAUCACCUCACUGCGGGUGCCGGUGCUGCGGCCCAUGGACCUCAUGGUGGAGGCCACACCCAGAAGAGUGUUCUCUAAUGGCCACACAUACCACAUCAACUCCAUCUCUGUUAACAGUGACUACGAGACGUAUAUGUCCACAGAUGACCUGAGGAUCAACCUGUGGCACCUGGAGAUCACCAACAGGAGCUUCAACAUUGUAGACAUUAAGCCAGCCAACAUGGAGGAGCUGACGGAGGUGAUAACCGCAGCGGAGUUUCAUCCUCACCAGUGCAACACGUUCGUCUACAGCAGCAGUAAAGGUUCCAUCCGGCUGUGUGAUAUGAGGGCCGCCGCGCUCUGCGACAACCACUCCAAAUUCUUUGAAGAACCAGAGGAUCCAAGCAACCGCUCCUUUUUCUCAGAAAUCAUCUCUUCCAUCUCAGACGUGAAGUUUAGCCACAGCGGCCGUUACCUGAUGACGCGGGAUUACCUGACGGUGAAGGUGUGGGACCUCAACAUGGAGAGCAAACCUCUGGAGACCUAUCAGGUACACGACUAUCUGAGGAGUAAACUCUGCUCGCUGUAUGAGAACGACUGCAUCUUCGACAAGUUCGAGUGUGUGUGGAAUGGAUCAGACAGCGUGAUCAUGACUGGCUCCUACAACAACUUCUUCCGGAUGUUCGACCGCAAUACGAAGCGUGACGUGACCCUGGAGGCGUCACGGGAGAACAGCAAGCCGCGGGCCAUCCUGAAGCCGCGCAAGGUGUGUGUGGGUGGCAAGCGGCGCAAGGACGAGAUCAGCGUGGACAGCCUGGACUUCAGCAAGAAAAUCCUCCACACCACCUGGCACCCCUCGGAGAACAUCAUUGCUGUGGCAGCCACCAACAACCUCUACAUCUUCCAGGAUAAGGUCAACUAGAGGGGCUUGGAACACCCCCAUACAUGCAAACAGAGAGAGACAGUUUUUGCUGUAUGGGGCCGGUGUUUGGCUUGCAGGAGGCAUUGUGGAUAUGUGUUUGUGCACUGAAAGCUAGAGGCUAUGAAUAUGAAAUGGAGUGGGAUGCUGAGAGCAGGGCCAGAUUGGGGACUUACAGAGCUUCUCUCACACACACUAAUGCUGCCAGACGUGUGUGAAUAAGAAGCAGCGACCCUCCUCUCCUACUCUUCAUCGCCUCCGCAUUUCUUCUCACUUCCCUUUAACGAGUCUUUUAUUUAUUCUAUUUAUUUCGUUGAAGGAAACACCUGACGUUUUGAAACUGAAACAGGGCGAAGCUAAACAUAGUAUUAUGAAGUUUAGCAGAUGUAUUAAGAAGGUAUGGACAGCGGAAAAGCCAAACCUGUGCUGAACUGCAGCCAUGUGCAGUAGUGUGCAUUUCCCCAAUGCCUCUUUCAUCGAUGCCCUGGCACGUGAAACAGAAGGGUGCCUUUAUAAUGAACCUGAUGGAUGUUCUAGUCUCUUUGACAGAAAGGAUGCGGCACCCUUCACAUAAUGCCCUUUAGCCACCGCAGAGCUGUCAAUGAAACGUGGAACUGCAGUGGAACAUGGAUGUGGCUGUGUUGACUCUGAUGCUGAGGUCAUACGCAAUCUAUGGACGGCUCUUUGCUACCUGAUUGGUUCUCUGAGAACAUCGUAGUCUAAGCGAAUCCACACUAUUGACAUGUCGGUUCAUUUCAUGUCGCUGUUUUACUCGUCUUCUUAUUUUAAUGUUACAGUUAAUAAGCUGUGGUGCCUUCCUUCUUUUGGUAUGUGGGCUCGAGAGUGGGUCGGGAGGGGGUUGGUGGGACGCUGUUUUCGGGUGGGGAGGAUAUGUUGGUUCGUGGAGUGUGACUGUUUUUAAAGAAAAGUGGACCGAAUAGCUUUGUGUAACAAAAAAAAAGAAAAAAGAAUGAAAUUGAUACAUGUCUUGAGUACACGAAAAAGAAGUGCAAACCUCAAUUCCAAAAAAGUUAGGACAGUGUAUAACAUGCUAAUAACAACAAAAAGCAGUGAUUAGUAAAUUCUGUUGGACCUGUAUUGAAUAAAAAACAGUACAAAAACACAAUAUUUGAUGUGAACUUUUUGUAAAUGUACCCUAAUUGCAAAUCUUAUGCUAUGUUCCAAAAGGUUGGAACAGGUGCAUGUUUACCACUGUUUUACAUCACUUUAGUAAUAGUUUGAGGGCUGACGACAUGAGUUGAUCCUAUUUUGAAAGCAUACUUUUUUGCCAUUCUUCCAUUAAACAAACCUUAGGCUAUGCAACCAUACAAAGCCUUUGCCACACGAAUUAUUCCACUGUUAUGUAGAAAUAAGCAUGGAGGGUAUUGAAGGCGGCGUAUGUUGCACCAAAAUGUGUAUAUAUCUUUCAGCAUUAAUGUUGCCUUCACAGAUGUGCAAGUCACCCCUGCCAUGGUCACUCCCACACCAUAACAUACCCUGGCUUUUCGUCUUUACACUGGUAACAAUCUAGGUGGUCCUUUUCUUCUUUGUUUUGGAGAACACAAUGUCCAAUAAUUUCCAUAAACAAUCUGAAAGGUUGACUUGUCAGACCACAGUUCACGUUUCCACUGCACAUUAGUUCAGAUGAGCUUGAGCCCAGAGAAGUCUGGGGCAUUUCUGGAGGUUGCUGCCAAAAAAAACAACCAAGUUGGUAAGAUAUAAUAAAAACAUCUUGCUUUUGUGCUGUUUUACUUUAUAAACAGGUUAUAGUGGAUUUACAAAUCACUGCUUUCUGUUUUUCUUUGCAUUUCACAUACUGUCCCAACUUUUCUGUAAUUCGAGUUUGUUCUUGAACGUUUGCAAAACAGUCAUGACACUGGCUGUGUAUGCUUAUAAUUUCUGAAAUGUAUUCCCCUGGAUUUGACUCCUUCAAUGCAGUGUGGGGUGAAAGCUGUAAUUGCACUCCUUGUAAUGAAUCACUGUAACAAUUAAGAAUGUGUACUCAGCAGGGUGCGAACAAGUCUGCAACAUAAGAUACCUUUGCCUCUCAUCGAAACAUCUCACGUUCCGCUAUAGCGCAUUUCUCAGAGACACCUACCUAAAGCACCGUCCUACUUACGUUCCGUGACGUAGAGGGGGAGAGAAAGGCCGGUAUCAUGAUGUAGCCUAACUAGACAUGAAGGUUAUAUGAUAUCAGGGAAUUUUAGGUACAAGUCCUUUAAAUAAAAAUAAAAAAAGUAAUGUCUUCUAAAACAACUUCAGUUGUGAACUUCUUAAUGAAAUGAAAGUUUUAUAGCUGAGAAUGUAUUUAAAUGCAAUUAAUUGACAUGCAGUCUUUAUGCUUAAUGGAAUUUGUUGAAA